UUCCUCCCGUCCGGCAUCAAGUUCUCGGGGGAAAGGGCGGAGAGUUGGCUCUUAACUCUGUCACAGUAUAAGAAACAGUGAACUCGUUUUACCGAAACCUUAGAUAAGUGAAAUGCUCCAGGUCUAAUUAAGGCUGGGCUGACUGGGUUUCAGUCCGAACGGAAGGAGAAAAGUGAGCUGUCGAGUUGUCGGGAUGAGGGAGGCGUUCACGGAGUAAUAUAGAGAGGGGGGCGGCCUGUUGCUCUCCAGCUAGAAGAGCGCUUGAGACUUCCCGGUAGGGUCAGCUGGAGGUCCAAUGGCAGACAGGAGAACUAGAGGCAUGACCGGCUCGGACCUGAGCAGGACGAGCAGCACUACAGCCCGGGCUUUAGCUCUAGCCGAGCAGCUGCACCACGAGUGCUCCAUCUUACUGGAACUGUAUAGAAAGAGAGAAAGCUUCUCUGCAGAUGUCUCUGUGCCUGACGGUCAUCUUGUGUCUGUCCCUCCUCCGACCCCUCAGCUGGACACCAGGGAUAAACUGUGGCGCCUGCAUUCAGCUCUGCUUCAGUGCCGCAGCUUGAUGGAGAGAGCCAUUGCCAAAGAGGAGGAAGAGCUAGGUGAUGGGAGGAAGUCUGAGUAUGAGACCCAGAGGAAGAUGGUGAAGGACAGACUGUCCUUUCUCUUGAUCAGCACUGGAGAACUUCUCAAAGCUGUGGAUGGAACAGCGAGCAUGACUCCCAGUGUGGAGGGGCUGGAGCUAGACGGUCCGACUGUUUUGUUCGAGCUGAAGCUGUGGGUGUACCGGAUCUUCAAAGAAGUGGACUACUGGUCCAAGACGGCCGUAACCACCUUGCAAGCCCUGCCUUCGGAGACAGCUAAGGAGCGAGCAAGGAUCAGGCGGAUUAGGAGCACAAGGAGCACAAGGAGAUGAAAAUAUAAAGACAUGAAAAAGUUUGUGUGGGUGUAAGGAGGAGUAAUGAGAGAGUAGAGCUGUUCAGAAGAGAAAAAAAGGUGAGUCAAAGGGAUAAGAGGGAAGAGAAGAUAGAGCAGCGUUCAAACGGGGCCACAGUGAGAAACUGACAAGAAAGAGAUGAGUUACAUGAACAGAGGCCUUUGAGAAAGAGUGAAAAAGACUGAACCUAUGUUUAUCACCUUAAUACAUUUGUUGUAGUAAAAUAUAACAGAGUCUGAUACACCUUUCUAUUUAUUGUUUUAACUUGUAAGGUUACAGAAUUUCUUUCUUUCUUUCUUUCUUUCUUUGGAAUUGGGGAAACAUCAUGAUUAACACAUUUUUUAUUUUUACCUGCUAACGCAGCAGUUAUUUCUUUUGUUUCCCUCAUGCAUACUCUCCAGAAGCAUCUAAAGUUAUUAUUUAAGAUACAUCACCAGGAUCCUCUGCAGCUGAUGGUGGAAGCAGUCAACAGGGGGCACAUUCAGAUGAAAAUUAGGACAUUUAAAUUCAUGCCAUAAUCAGAUGUAGCACUGGUAUGUCUUAAGUAUAAACCCUGUCGCUUUAAAUCAUUACUCAAUUAU